UCAGAGUUCCUGUUUAAACUCCUGAUCCUGCACUACCUGAUGGAUUCUCAGGGAAGAAUAUGGAAGCGCCUUCCCAGUCACCUGUACAUCAUUGAAUUUUGGAAUCUUCAGACAUUUUGUUUAGAAAACAGUUCAAAUCUGUUCCUCGAAUUGUUCAAAAUGGUUUUAUUGACUUCUUCCCCAAGAUUUCCUGCUGCUCACCAAAAGAGGUUCUCACAAAAACUACACAAACUGAUGUGAAAGAUUGUGGAGAUCCAGGGAUGGACAUUGAGGAAUUUCAUAGUGAUUGCUUCCAGAGACCGUACCAGUACCUGAUUCGUUUUGACCAGGGACAAAAUUUAGAUGCCUUUGUGUACUUAGAAGGUCUCACUGAAGAAGACCCAGCAAAAUGUCUGCAGAUACUCCUUCUUUACUGUGGCAUAGUUGACCCUUCUUGGUCUGAACUCCGGAACUUUGCAUGGUUUCUAAAUCUUCAGCUAAGAGACUGUGAAGCUUCAGUAUUCUGU